GGGUGAUGCUGAGCCGGGGCGGCUGAGUCAUUGCCAAGCGCAGGCCGGUCCGCGGUUCCAGCGAGAGCCCGCCGCGCCAGCGACCGCCCGCCGACUGCAGGGCCACGCAGGAGCCGAGCGAGCGCUGCGCGGUGGACCGUCGUCGCUGUCACUCUGGACGCGGAAGUGCACUUUCUAGGUUUGCCUUAAAAUAAGGUGUAUUUGGUCAAGUUCAGCGGAGAUUCCCCUUCCUGUCCGAGCGCGGCGGUGCUGACACAGCCUCGGUGCGUACUUGCCAGGAGGACCGCGGGUGCAGGGCAGCCCCGCAAAGGAGACAGUUUCCGGGACUCCGGGCCCCGAAAAUUGUCAGACUCGCACCUAGCCUGCGAAGACUGUGGCUGUGGGAAUCCCAGCCAUCUACCUGAGCAAUAUGAAGAUUUUAUUUGUAGAACCUGCCAUUUGCCUUAGUGUAUUCGCUAUGACUUUGACAUCUCCACUAACUACACAAUACGUGUACAGGCGAAUAUGGCAGGAAACAGGCAACUACAGUAUCACACCCGACGGCAAUAUUUCUGAGUGUGCGAAAAACAAAAGCAGCCCAAUUUUUGCAUUCCAGGAGGUAAGAAAUUUAAAUAUCCUUCAUAUGAAAAGGGAAUGUGGGAAAAAAAAAAAAAAGAAAAGGGGGAGUUCCUGUUGUUGCUCAGUGGGUUAAGAACCCACUAUGAGGAUGCAGGUUCGAUCCCUGGUCUCACUCAGUGGGUUAAGGAUCUGGCGUUGCCUCGAGCUGUGGUGUAGGUCUCAGAAGAGGCUCACAUCUGAUGUGGCUGUGGUGUAGGCUUGUAGCUGCAGGUCCGAUUUGACCCCAAACCUGGGAACUUGCAUACGCUGCAGGUGUAGCCCAAGGAGAAAAAGGGGGGAGGGACGUUUUAAAGGAAAGAGGAUGUUUCGCUUUUCGUCUAUUGAUCCCUCAAGGGUCACCCUAAAAUCCCUAAGUCCCAAACCAAGAGCCUUUAUUCAGUUCUCAUCCUGUUUGAAGCUUCCUGACCCCUUUAAUCCGCUUCCACUACUCACAACCUCCUUCUUCUGCGACACUCCCUUCAGAAGAUUUUAGCACAGUCCCACCUCCUCUGUGGCUGUCUCCUUCCUCCUUCCCUACCUGGAGCCUGAAAGUGGGACAGGGCAGGCUGGAGCGCGUAUGGACAGGGCUGGGGGGAAACUGGUCUCUGCCUUUCCCUUGCCCACUUCCUCCCCACCCCUCCCACUGUGUGGCAUGACCCCAUUUUCAAUGACCCUGAACAGUGUGGCCCUGGGCGUGUCUGCCAUGCAGUGGGAGUGGCAUUUGUCAUUCACGGUCUGGUGUUAUCAAGUCAGCUUUGACCUCCAAGCCCUGAGGAGCAGCUAUGUAAGGACAGAUAGGGUGGGGGGCACCCACUGCUGCUCUGAGAAUGCUGACUAUGUCCACCCAGAUAUUCCAGAGCCUUUCCUUGUCUCUCUCCAGCCUCCUUCCCCAGUUUUUUAUUUGUUUAAAACAGGAGGUACGUCACCAGUUUCCUGUUCCCUUAGGCAAUUUUUGGGUUUUUUGGGGGGGUUUGGUUUGUGUUUUUACGGUCUCACUGAGGCAUAUGGAGGUUCCCACCCAGGCUAGAGGACGAAUUGGAGCUGCAGCUGCCAGCCUACACCACAGGUGCAGCAAUGUGGGUUCUGAGCUGCAUCUGCAACCUACAGCACGUCUCACAGCAACACCAGAUCCUUCACCCACUGAGCGAGGCCAGGGAUCACACCUGCGUCCUCAUGGAUGUGAGCUGUGGUGUGGUCACAGAGGAGGCUCAGGUCCUGCACUGCUGUGGCUGUGGUGUAGGCUGCCAGCAGCUGCAGCUCUGAUUCGACCCCAAGCCUGGGUACUUCCUUAUGCCACAGGUGCGACCCUAAAAAGCAAGACAAACAAACAAACAAAAUCAAUUGUAUGUAAGACUGUAAUGUGUUAAACUUCUUAGUGUUAUCCCGUUUUUAUUUCUCCUUCCCACGUAACAAAUAUACAUAUUUACAUACAUAUUGGAAAGCAAAAUAGUAUUAUGAAUUUCAGGGCACAAUUAGAAGAAUAAACUGAACGAUUUUGCUUAUAUUUAACAUUUUGAAAGUCUAUUUGGAUGAAGUCUUACUUUUCAACCCAUUUGGGGUUAAGGUAUAUGUGAAAUAUAUUCAUACAGAUAUUGAUCUGACCUAUUUUCAAAUCUUCACAUUCUCUAAGCUCUGGGACUGAGGUACACCUGCAUAUUUCUCUUGGGCAAUGAGAUGAAGCUCGAGAAAGCCUCUGAACAAAACGGCAAGGCUGCGGAAGGAAGCUCUUGGCUAAGGGGGAGAGGUGGGAAUUCCAGGAUGUCUACUGACUUUUGUGGAGGAGGGAGGUUUUAAGGCCUUCACCGCUCCCUCCUUCCCUGUAAAUGACUGGUUUGGAAGUGUUACCCUGCCCACUGUGGCCUCUUCACUGCAGGCAGCCUUCAAAACAGGGACUCUGCUGUUGGGAGGACAGUUUUUAGGGUUACCCAACAGAUCAUGAAGUUGGUCUUGCUCAGGAAUUUAUUUAGAAACCUUUUUAUUAACUACAUCAUCGCUCGGUACCCACCAGUAAAGAAGACUUUCCAGUCCUUUGGAAUUAAUACAUACGUUUUAGCUUGUGACAUGGUGACUUCCUUAAAAUGGAUAGCACGUCCCUUGGUUUAUCCCUGUCUCAGGACAUUGUCCUUCUGUUCUGUCUUGUAUAGGAAAUGGCAUUUUUUUAAAACUCUGAUUUCUCCCAUCUACGCUUAUGGAACAUACAAUUGUAAUCCUCCAGAGUUUCAAAUGAACAGACAUACUAGAAUUUCAGUCUCGCAUUGACUCAUGAUUGAAACAUGCUUUGAUUCGUCUUUGUUAAAAUCUGUAUUUCAGAACAUGGGUUGCAGACGAGGGGAGCCAUCCGUGUACGAUUGGGUUGGGAUAACAGUCGACAGAAAGGAGAAGAUGGGACUCGGGUGAGGGUGUGGCAGUGGGAGGAGGAAGCCCACACCGGGGCAUCUGGUUGAGGAGUUGACUAAAAGAGAAGUGUUUCAUGUCUUUGCUUAUUCAACAAAUACUGACUUGGUGGCUUCCAUAUCUAUAGGAGCACAAAGAUUCCAUCAAGAAAUCGGAUCUCGGAGUUCCCGUCGUGGUGCAGUGGUUAACGAAUCCGACUAGGAACCAUGGGGUUGUGGGUUCGGUCCCUGGCCUUGCUCAGUGGGUUAAGGAUCCGGCGUUGCUGUGAGCUGUGGUGUAGGCUGGAGGCUACAGCUCCGAUUGGACCCCUAGCCUGGGAACCUCCAUAUGCCGUGGGAGUGGCCCAAGAAAUGGCAAAAAGACAAAAAAAAAAAAAAAGAAAAGAAAAAGAAAUCGGAUCUCUAGCAAAGAGGAAACAGCCGGAGGUGGUUAAACACCGACUGUACAGGGUCCUGUGUGAAGCACCUUUUAUUUACUUUAAAUUUAUGUCUGCGGACAGCCUGCAAGAUAGGGAACGGUUGUCCUUCCCUCUUGUCAGAUGCAAAUGCUACAGAGAUCAGUAACAGGGUCAGGAUCACAGCAGCACGCACGUUGCAGGGCCUGUUUUACUUGAUGAUUCAUUCGGUCAGUCUGUGCAGCCCCCACCCUGGAAGCAGUGUCCUUGGAGCUGGUGAUCCCGCGGUGAGAGGACAAGGCUCCACCCGGCCUGGGAACUCAGGCUGCAGUAGGGACGUCUUGCAAUGCACAGACCCAUCAAAGGUCAUGUCUUGUCAAGGAGUGGGGAGUCUCUAAGGAAAGAUAGAGGGUAAGCGGCUAGAACCUUGCGUGGGAGUUGGUGGGAUUGCUUUGGAUUGAACGAUGGUCAUGGAAGUCCCCUCUGAGGGGUGGCUCUGAACUGAGGAAGUGAGCUGUGUGACAGUCAGGCGGGGGAGCCGCACAUGCAAACCAGGUGAAAACCAGUGGGAGUUGUCGUUCCAGCUGGCACCCAUGGGACCAUCGAGAAGGAAGUUCAGAAGAAAGUGUCUCUUUUUAAUCUGCAGAUGGACAUGAGCGGGUUAAUUCCUGGUCUCCUGUCUACAUUCAUACUUCUGUCUCACAGCGACCAGAGAGGUCGAAAAUUCCCUUUGAUCCUGUCUUCUGUGGGUGCGCUUGCACACAGCACUUGGCUCUGUCUGCUUUCCUAUUUUGCUUUUCCCAUCCACCUUUUGAUUGCAUCGACCUUCAUCAGUGCACUUUUCGGCAAUUACACGACGUUUUUGGGAGCUUCUUUUGCCUACAUAGUUGAUCAGUGUAAAGAAAAGAAACAAAGAACAAUUCGAAUAGCUAUAAUUGACUUCCUGCUUGGCAUCGUCACUGGAUUAACAGGAUUGUUUUCUGGCUAUUUUAUUAGAGAACUAGGUUUUGUGUGGUCCUUUUUAAUCAUUACUAUGGCUGUCACUGUUAACUUGAUUUACAUUUUAUUUUUUCUUGAGGAUUCCAUGAAAGAGUCUCCAUCUCAGAAUGUUUCUAUAUCGUGCACCGAAGGCUUAAAAAAUCCAUUUUACCGAACUUACAUGCUUUUUAAAAAUACUGCUGGUGAGCAACGAUCUUUGCUGUGCUUGUUGGUUUUUACGAUGAUUGCUUAUUUUUUCGUGGUAAUUGGCAUUUCCCCUAUUUUUACGCUUUAUGAACUGGAUUCACCACUCUGCUGGGAUGCAGUUUUAAUAGGUUAUGGAUCAGCUUUGGGUAGUGUCUCUUUUUUCAGCAGUUUCCUAGGAAUAUGGCUUUUUUCUUAUUGUAUGGAAGAUAUUCACAUGGCCUACAUUGGCAUUUUUACCACCAUGGUGGGAAUGGCUAUGACUGCUUUUGCCAAGACAACACUGAUGAUGUUUUUAGUCAGGCUGCCGCUGCUUUUCACUAUUGUGCCGCUCUCUGUUCUACGGUCCAUGAUAUCGAAAGUGGUUCGUUCUACUGAACAAGGCAGCCUGUUCGCUUGUCUUGCUUUCUUAGAAACACUUGGCGGAGUCAUUGCAGUUUCUGCUUUCAACGGAAUUUAUUCAGUCACCGUUGCUUGGUACAAAGGCUUUGUCUUUCUGCUCUCUGCUGUUUUAUUACUAAUUCCGACCAUCAGUCUAUGCAUUGUCAAGUGCAUCAGUAGGAAUGCGGGAAGCUAUGUCCUUCUUAUACAAGAAGAAUCCAAUGAAGACACCUCAGACAGAUGAUUAACUGUGAUUAAAAAAACAACCCCUCAAAUGCGCAUACAUACACUUUGACUUCUGCAGGAUGUGAACUAGCUCCACAAUCAAUAAUUCAUGAACAAUCAAUGCUGCCAGUCCUUUCUUCUAAACUGAACAGAGAAGUAGUCCCCAGCUCUAGUUUCUUACAGAACCAUGCACUUUGAGCACUUUAUGAAGACAUGGGAUAUAUUUCCAAAACAAAGAAGAAUAGAUCUCAAGACCCUUCCCACGUGGGGAUUUACCAAAGAAACGGAAAUGUAUGGGUAUCAUGCAGGACUAAGAAAUGUGAUCCAAUAAUCAAAGCAAUAAUCUCCCUGAUCUGCUCGUCUCUCAGAUUGAGACCAAGAACUCUGCUUGCCUUGGCUGCUUCAUCUGCAAAAUGGGUUUCUGACCUCUCUCAAGGAUUUUGAAGGUAUAACUGUUGAACAUCAUGAUGAGUCAUUCAGUGAUAGGAACAUGAUAGAAGCUUGAUAUUUAUAGUAUGAAUUCACCUCUGCUUGGGUAACACUUGGUUUUACAGAGCCCGUCCAGGUGUCAGGGAUAGUCAAAGUUUUCAGUAGCUAAAAGCUACUUCCUUUAAAAAGGAAGUGCUUUAAUGAAUACUGUUUUCACUUUUCUAAUAUGUUUCAGCAUUGACGGGCAUGACAAUAUUUCUAUAAGUAACACAGGGGUGACUGGGAAAAAAAAAGAUUGUAACUGGUUUCUAAGGAAACGUAAAAACGGAGGAAACAGCCAAUCAGGAUGUAACGUAAUUCGUAUUUACAGAACCAACACUCAUUCCUUCUUUCUGCCCAAAGGUAUCCAUUUCUUACUGCCCCACCCUCAUCCCGGGAGCCCCCCGAGUCCCUGACUACCCACACCCUCUCCUGCCUCCUGUCUGCACACAGUGUUCCACCGGGCCUCCCCCUUCACUGAAACUUUCAAGUCUCAGCCAAAGCACAGCUUCCUCCGUGUGGCCUUUGGGACAUUUCUACCUCGCCCCACUCCCCCAGGUCCCUGCAGGGCUUCCACAGCUCUCGUGUCCUGCCAUCCUAGCACUUGCCCUCAUCUUGGAACUUUUGUCUCCCUACUGGACAGCGAGCACCUCAUUAUCCCCUUAGGAAGAGCUGAACGAAAUGACUACAGAAUUGUGUCAUCACUUGGAAAAGUUAUUGAAAGCUGUAUAUUUAAUGCAUUAUGAGAGGAAUCAACAAUAUCAUGCCAUAAUCAUUAGGCCAGCCUUGCAAGUAAGCGGGAAAAUGUGCUGGCCCGUAUGCAUGUUCAACUGGUGUGUGGUACUUUCACAGGUCUUUCCAUCUCUCCCCUUUUCUAAGGGUCCAUAUGUGAGAAGACAGAUGUCCUGAAGUACAUCUAAAUGAUUAACUCCCUUGGAAUCUCUUGAAAGUAGAAUCUUGCUUCAUAGCAUUGCUUGCAGCUUUUUCCUGUUAUCCGUGAUUGCCUGACUAGCAAAUGGCACUCAUAAUUUAAAAUACUAGAAACCUUAUUUCCAAGACCGUUCCUUUUAGGGUUAGCUAGUGUCUUCUGAGCUAUUCUCAGACGGAUGGACUGAUUUGCAUUUUACUUCCCUUUCAACACUCUUCCCAAACCAAAAGUAAAAGCACUUCACUGUUUACAGAAUGCUUUCCACAUCAGCUGGUUUUAUGCGCCUCAUAACCCUGCAAAGUGGAUCUUCAUUUUCCUCCUUUUAUAGACAAGGAAGGCAAGCCUCAGACUCAACCUGACUGUGCUUAUUCAGCCACCGCUAAGCCAGGGUCAGACAAAGUGGGUUUGGCACGGCUGCGGUUCUUCACGGCCAAGGUUAACAAUGACAGAUCACAAACCCAGCAUCGAGAACUGGAUCACAGGAGAGGCGGAAGUGCCCCCUGAAAAACACAUUAGCACUCUCUGUACCCAAUUGCCUACAAGCUUGUCUGUCUUUUGUUUUGUUUUGUUUUGUUUUUGCUUUUUAGGGCCGCACCUGUGGCAUAUCAAAGUUCCCAGGCUAGGGGUUGAAUCCAAGCUAUAGCUGCUGGCUUACAACACAGCCACAGCCACAGCCAAGUGGGAUCUGAGCCAGGUCUUCGACCUACACCACAGCUCAUGGCAAUGCCAGAUCCUUCAUUGCACUGAGCAGGGCAGGGAUCGAACCUGCAUCCUCAUGGAUACUCUUUGGAUUCGUUUUUGCUGUGCCACAACGGGAACUCCAAGCUUGCCUUUUUGAGGUUAGAUAAGGUCUUAACAAAGUCCCUUCCAGCUCACCCUUCCCUGAUUUCUUUCUUUUUUUUUAUCUUUUUGUCUUUUCUAGGGCCACUCCUGCGGCAUAUGGAGGUUCCCAGGCUAGCGGUCUACUCAGAGCUGUAGCUGCCAGCCUACGCCAGAGCCACAGCAACACCAGAUCUGAGCCACGUCUGCAACCUACACCACAGCUGACGGCCACACCGGAUCCUUAACUCACUGAGCGAGGCCAGGGAUCGAACCGGCAACCUCAUGGUUCCUAGUUGGAUUCGUUAACCACUGCGCCAUGACGGGAAGUCCCCUUCCCUGAUUUCACACAUUCCACCUGCACUGAAGAGCACACAGACGGAAUGGUUUAAUAGGGUGGGAGGGUUAACAGUUUCCCCACCAAGCAAAAACUCUUUGAGGUGCAGUAAGAGUGUCUGGGGACUGGGCUGAGGUGGCCUAGGGUAGAAACACAGCCUGACUGGGCUAUGCCAUCUCUGGAGUGUCUGUCCCAAGAGGUGGUUCUCGCUGAGGAGACUAGAGAAGCACCCAGACUGCUGGUUGGGGGGAGAGGAGGUGGCCAUGACCCCAUAGGGGCGGGGAGGAGCUACUAUCUAAUCUCCUGGCAGGUGACCUGGUUACUUAAUUAGCUGAACAAAGAAUAUCAGUGGAAUGACCUGUUUUUAUGGAGUCCACAUAAAUGAGGAACCAAAAGGAAAAACAUGUUUGCAUCCAGUGCUGUACAAGAGGGACUCGACAGACCACACCUGGUAGAAAUAACCACUGCCAUCACUAGGGAGGGUGUAAUGCUGCUUCUUGGAGGCGGGACCAUUCGCUAGGAUUCUCCAGAGCCUACGCUGCACAACCUAAAAAUCCGUUGCUGUACUCUUCUGCUCACUCAGUAAUCCUCGGGUCACUCAUUCAGCAUCCAAAAAUCUUGCUAAUGAGAAUAGAGGGCCCUGGGUUCAGUUUCUUCAAGAAAUGUCUGUGUAUCAGAACCAGCUAAGGAGUUUUUAAAGAAAUCUCCGGAGGUCCUGAUUCAGCUGGUCUGGAGUGGGGUCUCAGAAUCUAUUACACAGACCUCUCCAGGUGACUGAUACCCAUUCAGAUCUGGAAACUACUGCCCUGGAUAAGGGCUUCUCAUCCCCAGAUGCACAUUCAAAUAAUCAGCGUGGGAUGGGCAGUAAAACAAACACAAAUACUAAGCCUUAUCUUAGGCCAGUGGCUCUUGGUCUUGGCUGACAGGCAGAACCACCUGGAAGCUUUAACACCACCAACGCCCAGGUGCCAGCCAGGCCAACUAAAUCAGAAUCGCUGGGAGUGGGAGGUGGACAUAGUGUUUUUUCGACUGUUCUCCAGGUGAUUCUACUAUGUGGCCAGGGUUGAGAACCACCGCUCUAGAUCGGGAGUCAGCAAGCUUUUUCUGUAAACGGCCAGAGAGCCGGAAUGUAAAUAUUUUUGGCUUUGUGGGCUACAUGGUCUGUCACAGCUACGUACUUAACCUGCUGUCGUAACACAGGCAUCCUAGACCAUGCACAGGUGACUGCAUGUAGCUCUGCUCCAAUACACAGAACAUGCAGUGAGCCCACCCCUGGGCCAGGGCAGGAACCUGCUGAACCCCUGCUCUCCGUGGGGGACACACAUUUUGGUCACUGGAGAGAUACGUCCCUCAUUGUAACUACUGGGGUUUUAGAUUACAGAAUACACACAAUAGUGUAAAUAUAUAAAACCCUCUUACAGCGCCAGGUUCAGUUCAGGCGUGAAAGACCAGUCUUAUUUGGUGUGAGGUGGUCCCUUGAGUCAGACUGAUGCUGGCUGCACUGAGAGAAGUUUCUGGACCUAGCAAGCUUCAGGUCAUUACUUAGGUACUGCUGGCCUGGGAAUGACGGAGCUAGAGUGUGAUCAAGAUGGCACCUAGCCCAGAUGGUUUCACUGCCACACAUUUAAGGAACAAACAUAUCACUUCCACACCAUGUUUCCAGAAAACAGAAGCAGGGAACCCCUUCCCAGCUUGUUUUCUGAGGUUGGCAUUAUCCUGAUACAAACACAGACAAAGAAACGACAAGAAAAGCAAACUACUGUUAAGAAAUAAUUUAAAAAGCCAAGUUAGGUGAUACCAACUUUAACACUUCAUGAAGGGGACACUCUCCAUUUGAGAAGUGCAAAACAGGGUGGAAGGCAUGAAGCUUUGAUGGGGAAAAAAAAAAAAAAAAAA